AUGGAAGAAACCAUUGAUGUUGAACGCAUUAGUCCCACAGAAACAAGCGAUGAGGCGAUAAUUCCAAAAGAGAUUGAAACCGAAGCGCAACCUGGAACCUCUAAACAAGAUGAGAGUGAAGAUCAGUCAAUGGAUAAAUCAAAGAAAAGAAAUUUGGAAGAAUCAGAAAAACCAGCAGAAUCCGAUAAAAAGAAAUCAAGAAAAUCGUUUUUGAAGCAAGCAUCCACAGAAGAUCCAUCAGAUGAGAAGUCGAAACAAGUUUCACUUGAAAAGCAAGACUCUUGUGAUGAACUUGUAAAAUCCUGGACAGCUUCUGAUGAUUAUGCUUUGAUAACAGCAAUGCAACACAUCAAUAACUUCCGCGCAAUUUAUCAAGGUGUACAUUUCUCACAAGAUUAUGAUGUUAAUGAGAUUGAAGAUCGAUGGUGUAAAUUAUACUACGAUGAGAAGAUUUCCGAGGCGUCUAGAAAACGAAUGAGUGCAAUGACACCUGAACAAAUGUUUGCUAUUCAGGUAAGUGUUUUUGUUUCCCGAGAAUAUUUAUUACUUCGUUUUUUUUCAGACUCGCACACCAUUCACACAAUCCGAAGAAAACUUCUUGCUGUCAACUGUCAGAAACAUUACCGGAUCACCGAGUCGCAACUACCAAUUGACCAUUGAAACUUUCUCGCGGAUUUUGUACAGUAAUCGUGAUAAGUUUUAUGAGGCUCGAACACCUCAAACUCUAUCGGACCAUUAUAAACGACUCACAGCGUAUGUUUUCGAGAUUUUUUCGGGGAAAAAUUGAAUGGAGAAAUUUGCAGGCCAGAACCUUCGAGAUCUACAGAUUGGGAGAGAAUUGAAACUUCGCUAGCAGUCAGUACAGAAUUUGUUUUCGAUUAUUUGCGACCAUUAAAGUGAGUUGGAGGGUAAAGAAAAGCAAAACAUUGGAGAAUAAUUUUUAUUAAUAUGAGCAAUCAAAAUUGAUUAAAUUUGAUAAAUUGGGAAACGAUUUUCAAACUCAUUUUAAUACUUUUUCUAAAAAUGCAAUUUUCAGAGCUGUGAAUACACGAAGCCACGUUCUUUCUCAAUUAUCCACAAUAAAUCAUCAAAUGUCCACAUCCGAAGAUGAAAGAUUAGGAAACAAUGUGAUUGCUGUUCUCAAAGGCAAAUUAAUACGAUAUUCAAUGAUCCGAGAUGUAAUCUUACUUGGAAGAGCCACGCAUGAUAACAAAGUCGAUGUCGAUUUAUCGAUUGAAGGUCCAGCUGCAAAAAUAUCGCGAAAACAAGCUUAUAUCGAAUUCGAUAAUGGAACAUUUUUCAUAAGAAACGUUGGAAAUCGCGCAUUUUGCGUUGACUCAAAACCAAUUGCUCCACAAAUGUCUUGUCAAUUACGAGAUGGAUCACUUAUUGAAAUUGUCACACUGCAAAUCACAUUUCAAAUAACUCACAAAGUCACAAUGUCACCGAAAUUGAAGCGCGCGUUGAAUAAUUUGAAUCAACAGCGACUCUUGUCAACUGCAAAACAUUUCAUUCCAAAAAUUAAAUCUCAUCAUCCUCAUCCUCAUAGCUAG